AAGGUGGGACGUACUCAUGUAAACAGCACAGCUCAGUGCACAGACUGCGCAGCACGAGGACUGGUCUCUGAUCCUUUGGACUUAAACACUCACGCCACACUAAAAGAUGUCGGCACCACCUCCAGUGGUCCCCAGGAAGCCUUCCGGUGUCCGAGUCAUGAUAAAUCCCGGAGGUCAGCCUCCCUCCACUGGCCCGACCACCUACACAGAUUCUGCCAAAGAGAAUGGUGCUCACCGGGAUUCAAUCCACACAUCUCAAGUGAACGCAGAGAGAGAAGUGGAGAUUCUGAAUCACUGCUUUGACGACAUGGAGCGAUUCAUGGGGCGUCUACAGCAGGCAGCUGAGGCCCAGUGUAUCCUCACCCAACGGAAGAAGAAGAGCAGCAGGAAAAGCAAGAAAAAGGCAGGCCAGAAUGAUGAAUUGUUGACCAUGAAAGCAAAUCCUCCAUCAGUGGAGAACUUUGUCGACGUCUUCCAGAAGAUCAAGUAUUCCCUCAGCCUGCUGGAUCGCCUCAAGUCGUCCCUCUCACAGCCCGACGCACCGGCCCUGCUGCAUCACAUCUUUGUGCCUCUCAGACUGCUGGUGAACACCACUGGAGGUCCAACCUUAGGCGCAUCAGUCGUCAGUCCUGCUAUGACCAGCGGUGCCGUUUCACUGCUCCAGGAGCAUCUGACUGAGAAGGAAAAAGAACUGUGGACCUCAUUAGGAUCCAACUGGACGUCAUCCUGUUCACAUCUUAACGUGACUGUUCCUCCGUAUUCACCUGUCUUCCUGGACGGAUGGCAGCCUCAGGCCUAUGACUCAGGUGGCCAGCUUUUCGAAGAUCCAAUCAAGAUGCAGCACAAGCACGAGGCUUUCAGGGAAAGAAGGGAGGCUCAGACUUUACAGGACCAAGCUCGACAACAUGCUGAAGGCCCUGUUCAAGGCCCUGUUCAAGGCCCUGCUCAAUUCCCUGCUCAAUUCCCUGCUCAAUUCCCUGCUCAAGGCCCUGCUCAAGGCCCUGCUCAAGGCACUGCUCAAGGCACUGAGGAAGCAGACAGUAAUGGGCUCCCACCAGACGGCGAAAGGUUUUACUGCUGCAGUUAUGACUUUGUGGCUCGAAACAGUAGUGAACUCUCCGUGCUGCAAGGAGAAACACUGGAGGUUAUCGAAUCGUCAAAGAGAUGGUGGAAGUGUCGGAAUCGUUUUGACCAGAUAGGAUUUGUUCCCUCCAACAUCCUGGAACCUCUGUCUGCACUGAACCAAGCAGAGAGGGAGACUUCUGUGUUACGCAAGGAGUCAAAGACUGCUAUUUCCCCUCGGUCAAAGUACUUCUCAUAUCAUCCGUCAAGCUCGGAUGGGGGAAGUCCCACCACUAUAAGCCCGACACUGCGCCCUCAGAGCAUGGUCUUACCAUCUACAACACUGGGAGAAGACGAUGGAAGAGUCCUGAUCAUGAAUGAUGAGCUUCUGCAGAGGAUAGCUGGGAGGAAAGUCUCAGGCCGUCCACCGGUGGUUCCCCGCGCGGCUGACACUGCUGCACCUCUCAACUACCACUCACCACCUGCAGAGGUGGAAGCCUGGCUCAACACCAAGGGCUUCAGUCAGCCGACAAUUCACAAUCUGGGCAUUUUAACUGGAGCACAGCUGUUCUCCCUGAAUAAAGAGGAGCUCGGAAUAGUGUCGCCAGAGGAGGGCGCCAGAGUUUACAGCCAGAUAUUAGUACAGAAGGCACUUCUCGAGGAUGUUCGCAAAGCAUCAGAAUUAGAGGCGGCGAUGGAGAAGCAAAAGCAGAAGAUUGGCCUGAAAUCCUAGAGUGGUGCAUUUUGACUG